UCAUGUUGUGAUCUACUUGAUGAUCUUAAACUGUUAGAUUCCUCAAUAUGGAAGAAAGAAAGGAAUCAAAAUCAUUUUGUGCUUUCUGCUAAUUGUAAAACCAAUCAAUCUCAAAAAGUCAAGAGGGGCAUCAAAGGAAGAAAGUGAAAGAGAAAUGUGGUGACGAUUCUAGAUGCUUCAUUAUCUUCCGAAUUCACUUCCUUGUUGCACAAUAAGAAUAAUGAAGAUGCUGAGAUUUUUAAUUCCUCUUGUUUGUCAAAAGAAAUGGAACUGCAUUCUCUGCCUAGCCUGCAGAAAUCAUUUAACAAGUCUUCCUUUGUUCAGCCUUGUAACAAACGAAUACAGUCUGCAUUUGAAUCCAAAAUUGUUUCCUGUAAGAAUCGUCUAAGAAAGCAUCUCGGUCAUAAAGUUGCCUAUGAGUCUCAAUCAGAUUCUGAUGCUGAGUUUCACUCAUUGCCUGGAGUUUCUGGAACAAAGAGAUUGAGAAAGAAUCUCACUUCUCGUUUUGAGCAGUUUCAUAUGAAAGAACCAUCCUAUGAGGAACCUGAAAAUGGUAAGUUGAGGCCAUUCUUAUGCAGGAAGGAAAAUGAUCAUGGAAUCACAAGGCCAGUAGUCUGUGGAAAACAUGGUGAAAUUUGUAAAGAACAUUUGGCUAAAGAGGUGCAAAAGCCUGCAAAAAUUGUCUCCCUCAAGAAGGUCCUUAAGUCUUCCAAAAGGUGUAUGAGCCACACAAAUGGAAAACCUAGACUAACUUUAAAAAAGCAAUGGAAGAGAUUGAGCAUUGGAACAGAUAGUGGGUACUGCUGUGGGAACCAUGGUUUAAAAAUUAAGGAAAGCAUUGAAACACAAAAUACAAUAAUUUAUGAUGAAGCAAAUGUUGAUAUGUCCCUGGAAGACUUGGAGAGAGGUGGCAAGCAAGAUGCUAAAGAUAAAGCUAAGCAGGUUGUUAGGGUUGGAAAUAGAGAAAAUGUUCCAUUGAAGGUGAAGAACAAGGACAUUCGGAAACACCGUAGCAUUAAUGAGCUCUCUGCUAAAGAAACCAAAGUGACGGAUAUGAUGAAUUGUGCUCAAGACAGAGAGACUGGUUUGUGUAGCCAAAAAAGAAGAAACUCUAUUCAAGGUCACCUAAACAUAUCUACUAUAAACUCAGAUACGUUCUGCUGUGUGUGUCGAAGCUCAAGCAAUGAUAAAAUCAACUGUUUGUUGGAAUGUUGUCAAUGCCUAAUUAGAGUGCACCGAGCUUGCUAUGGUGUUUCCACAUUACCCAAAAGAAGUCGCUGGUGUUGCAGACCAUGCCGAACGAACUCAAAAAAUAUUGCUUGUGUCCUAUGUGGUUAUGGUGGUGGAGCCAUGACUCGAGCAACAAUGAGUCAUGCGAUUGUCAAGAGCCUCCUAAAAGUGUGGAAUGGUGAGAAAGAUGGCAUGCCUAAGCAUACAACUUCAUGUGAAUUUUUUGGAAAGGAAAUGUAUGCAUUCCCAUCCUCAAGGGCUGAUCAUGAAAGUGUUUUGAAGACAAAAAUCGGUGAUACAUCAACAGAUCUGGUGAAAGUUCAAAUAUCUACAAAUCAUAUGCAGCAUACCCCCACUAGUCUUUCUAAAUUCAAGGUACACAACAGCAUUACUGCAGGAGUUCUUGAUCCAACUGUUAAACAAUGGAUUCAUAUGGUUUGUGGUCUUUGGACUCCUGGAACAAGAUGCCCGAAUGUUGACACCAUGAGUGCUUUUGAUGUAUCUGGUGUUUCGCGUCCCAGGGCAAUUGUGGUUUGUUCCAUUUGCAAUCGAUCGGGUGGUUCUUGUAUAGAGUGCAGGGUGGCUGAUUGCUCUGUCAAGUUUCAUCCUUGGUGUUCUCAUCAAAAGAACCUGUUGCAAAGUGAGACUGAAGGUAUUGAUGAUGAAAAGAUUGGAUUUUAUGGAAGAUGCAUGCUUCAUGCUAUUGAACCUAGAUAUUUGUCCAUGUAUGAUCCUAUUUAUGAAAUGGGAAGUCAAGAAGAAAAGGAAUUCACCUGUGCCAGGGUAGAGGGUUACAAGGGAAGAAGAUGGGAUGGUUUUCAGAAUAAUCACUGCCAAGGUGGAUGCCUUGUUCCUGAGGAGCAGCUUAAUGCUUGGAUUCACAUCAAUGGGCAGAAAUUAUGUUCUCAAGGACUCACAAAAUUCCCAGAUUUGGAUAUGGAGCAUGAUUGUCGAAAGGGCUACGCUCGGUACAAACAAGCAAAGGGAUGGAAACACCUUGUUGUAUACAAGUCCCGUAUACACGCACUUGGUCUUUACACUUCUCGAUUCAUUUCCCGGGGUGAAGUGGUAGUUGAAUAUAUUGGUGAAAUUGUGGGAUUGCGUGUGGCUGAUAAAAGGGAGAAGGAUUAUCAAUCUGGAAAGAAACUUCAGUACAAGAGUGCCUGCUACUUCUUCAGGAUAGACAAAGAGCAUAUUAUUGAUGCCACAAGGAAAGGGGGGAUUGCUCGUUUUGUUAACCACUCGUGCCUGCCAAAUUGCGUGGCAAAAGUGAUUACUAUAAGGCAUGAAAAGAAGGUUGUCUUCUUUGCUGAGAGGGAUAUAUUUCCUGGUGAAGAGAUCACGUAUGAUUACCAUUUUAACCAUGAGGACGAAGGAAAGAUUCAAUGUUACUGCAAUUCAAAAAAUUGCAGGCGAUAUAUGAACUGACGACUUGCAAUUGUGGACUACAUGGUAGCAUUCAUGGCGCCUGAAAAUGCAAGUCGCUGCAAUGUAAUCAAGGUGCCAUUUGUAGUUUGUAUAUAACUGGCAAGAGUUUGCUACGAGAUCUAUACGUGGAGCAGCGAAAGUUUUGCUCCUUAAUUUUUUGUAAACGAGUUUUUCCCUUGAUUGUCUUAAUAUUUUGAUCUUCAAUCAGUUUUUCUCAUCUUCAAUUAUUA